ACAAAAAUGAUUGCGCAUGCGCUAUGCGACAUCCCAUGUGCAAUGGAGAACAAGAGAUAGCGGGAUUUUGCUGAUCACAAACUUAAACUUAUAACAUUGAUAUUGCAAUUCCUUACAUUUCAAAAAUUUAACGAUAUCGAGUAGAUAAAUGUCUACACCAGAAGGCAGCAAGAUGCCUGAAUCUGGGGAUAUAAAGCCACCUGUUACUACUCAGCCUAUCACAGGGGCAGUCCCUUCUGGAGCAGCUCAAACCAGCACUGUCUCAGCACCAAAACCCUCAUCACAGGCACCUCAGAAACCAAACUACACCUUGAAGUUUACAAUGGCUGGCCAUACCAAAGCAGUUUCAUCAGUCAAGUUCAGUCCUAGUGGGGAGUGGCUUGCUAGCUCAUCCGCUGAUAAAUUGAUAAAGAUUUGGGGAGCAUAUGAUGGAAAGUUUGAGAAAACGAUAAGUGGGCAUAAGUUGGGCAUAUCUGAUGUAGCUUGGUCUACAGACAGUCGCCUUCUUGUCAGUGCUUCUGAUGAUAAAACACUCAAGAUAUGGGAUUUUGCAACAGGGAAAUGUAUGAAGACGUUGAAGGGCCAUAGUAAUUAUGUAUUUUGUUGUAACUUCAACCCCCAGUCCAACCUGAUAGUUUCAGGAUCGUUUGAUGAAAGUGUAAGAAUAUGGGACGUAAAAACUGGCAAAUGUUUAAAAACGCUUCCUGCUCAUUCGGAUCCAGUGACUGCAGUACAUUUCAACAGAGACGGCUCAUUGAUAGUGUCCAGUAGUUAUGAUGGUUUAUGUCGGAUAUGGGACACAGCAUCUGGACAAUGCCUCAAAACAUUAAUAGAUGAUGAUAAUCCACCGGUAUCCUUCGUAAAGUUUUCUCCCAAUGGAAAAUAUAUUCUUGCAGCAACAUUAGACAACACAUUAAAGUUAUGGGACUACAGCAAAGGAAAGUGUUUAAAGACCUACACCGGACACAAGAAUGAGAAAUACUGUAUAUUUGCCAAUUUCUCUGUCACUGGAGGCAAAUGGAUCGUGUCAGGGUCUGAAGAUAACAUGGUGUAUAUUUGGAAUCUCCAGUCAAAAGAAAUUGUACAGAAACUGCAAGGCCAUACAGAUGUUUCACUGUGCUGUGCCUGUCAUCCAACAGAAAACAUUAUUGCAUCAGCAGCGCUAGAGAAUGAUAAGACAAUUAAACUGUGGAAAAGUGAUGUAUGAUGCUGCUGAGUGUUAAUCCAUCAGACUUAAUCAUGCGAUAUUCAUGGUCACACAUCACACAACCAGCAACAAAUGUCUGACAGAACAGCUAAAUGAAAGGACAUCACAUAGACUCACACCAGAGUAUGUCUGACAGAACAGCUUAAUGAAAGGACAUCACACAGACUCCAGAGUUUCCAGUUUACUGUAUAUUAUUUGCAAUAAAUUCAGUGCGCUUGCUAAGAAGAAGAAUAUUAACAGAAAUCUAAAACCAAGUCUUUUAACAACUACUGCAUAGUUUCUUAGUUGCUAUGAAAAUGUGCUUUUAGAAUUUCUCCAUCUUUUUCUUUUUUCUCUUUUUCAGUCAUGAGAGUCAAACAAAACCAUAUGGUUGAGGUGGGUUAUCUCCCCUAUGGAUUUUACAAAAACAAUUCAUUGUUACAUUGUGGCACAUAUCGGCUGUCAUUCCUUACUCUGUGUGAGAUAAAGUCCUCUCUUCCGUAGUAAGAACGCAAUCACUUGAUCACUAUGAGAGAAACUUUGAUCUUACAUUGUUUCAAGACUGUAUUUUUGUACUCUCCGACUUCAUUAACUGCAGUCAGGAAGGGAAUUGUCUCUGCUCAAUGCAUGAAAAUUGCCAUGAUUGUACAUAUGUGUAAUUUAUAGCUCCAGACCCAGUGUACAUAUCGUGUGGAGUUAACUUGUAACAAAUCUGUUCUCCCGAAUAUAAAUGUUGACUUUUGUUAUCUCUGAAGUCAACUCUGCAUGGAAGUAAAUACAAACUCUAUCCUUCAUUUGACUUUUGUUGGGACAUUUAUAAUGGUUUUUGUUUGAACAGCACAAAGAAAUUAGGAUCUUUUCAUUUUAUAACCAAAACUUUGGAAGGAUGUAACAAUCUACUGCUAGUCAUAUUUGCUGUUAUUAUUGACAAGAUAUUGUCAAAAAUGUUAUUUUGAUUUUUUCAUGCAAGAUUUCUUAAGGAAAGAGCUUGCCCAAUCCCUAUUCAGAAAUCAUAGAGUCAAGAGUUAGCUGUUCAUCACAUACUUUCUAUUACAGAGUGUAUUGAAUAUUCAAUUGCAAAUGAUAGAAGUAUGAUAAAUUAUAGUAAAUUAUAUUUGUAACAGGAUAUUUUUGAAAUUUAGAAUAUUACUUAUUAUUCAUUGAAAAAAGUUUGGAGGUUAAAUGAUUUUUGAGUUGGCGAAACUUCCAUUUCACAUCAUAAUCAGUUCAACUAUGGUAUGUUGGAUUAUUAUUCGGACCCGAUUAUUGAUUGUAUUGGCCACUACUGUUAUUGCAAUGUAUAAUAACAUACAAGUAUAAUAUAAACUAUAUGGUGAUAUCAAAUAUUUCCUAUCAAUAACAAAACUAAGUUAUUAAGCGAAAAUGAUGUACUUGCUCUAGUUGGAUUUUUUCUGUACACGUGGAUUUAGGUGUUACAAGACAAAUUGUCUGUAGUAAACUUUAGGUAUGGGUGGAGUGUUAAUAAAAUUAAUUGUCAAGGGAUCAUAGAACUAACUAAACAUUAUCACAGUUUGUUUUUUGCUCUGACAUAGAGACAAGAGAUAUCGUGAAGUAAUUGCAGUUGGAUAUUAAUAGAAAUAUUUUUAAGAUAUCAGAGAUUGCAGAUGUAAUGCUGAAUAUUUGAAAUGAGGUGGGGCUCAAAAGUGAAUUCACUGAGCGGACUUAUUUGUAGUAAAAAAAAGAAUGAAAAUUUGUUUUGAAAGUUCUGAAAUUCUGUUUUGUUUCUGAUAAUUAGACAGUUCUCAGUUCUGUUUUGUUUCUGAUACCUCAGUGGUAAUAAGAAUCUUCUCAAAUUUUGUUUUAUUUCUGAUAAUUGGAUCAGAUAAGGUAAACACUGCUGUUGGAUAUUAUUGUUGUUGCAGAUUAUUGAACUAAUACAUGUCAAUGGGCAGCUGAGGAAACUUUGUGUAUUCCCUCAAAAUCCUGUGUAAUGCUGUUCAUAUGGUUAUUGUUGUCUAUUUGUGGUCAUUUUUCUGUUGUUUUUUUAACAAUUUGUAAAGAUAAUGUGUGUAUGUAUAAAACUGUAUAAAGAAUCAUUAAAAAAUCAAAAAUACCA